AUGUCAAACGGAAUCACCCACUACAACGAUUAUUUGGACCGCGCCGCCAAAAAGCGAGCCGAGCAGCUUUCCUUGAUCCCUCCAGAGUGGCGAAUAACCGACGUUCCAUCCAUACAAUCCGCCCCAAAUGCCCUGGAUUUCAUCAGACGAUCUAAUUUGCUCUCGCCCGACGAGCAGCGUAUGACUGAAACUCUUGAUGCCAGAGAUCUUUUGCAAAAGAUCGCUGGUCGGGAGAUCUCUGCGCUAGAUGCUGUGAGAGCAUUCGCGAAAAGGGCAGCCUUUGCUCAUCAGCUCACGACUUGCUGCACUGAAAUCUUUUUGGAACAAGCUUUUGCAGAUGCCAAGAAGCUGGACGAGGUCCUUGAAAAGACGGGCAAAGUGGUCGGCCCAUUGCAUGGCCUACCCGUCAGCAUCAAGGACAACCUAUCAGUGAAAGGCGUGGAUACUACAAUCGGAUGGGUUGGACUUAUGGGCAAGCCGGCGAUGAAAGACUGCAAUGCCGUUGCUGCGUUGCGCCGACUGGGGGCCAUCCCCUUUGUCAAGACAAAUGUGCCUCAGUCGCUAAUGAUGUCCGACUCUUACAAUCAUUUGUUCGGGCAAUGCGUGAAUUCUCUCAACAGAAAUUUGAUCUCGGGAGGUAGCAGUGGCGGAGAAUCAAGCUUGAUAUCAUUUCAUGGAAGUCCUCUAGGAAUUGGUACUGAUAUCGGAGGCUCGAUACGGAUCCCUGCAGCGCUCUGCGGCCUGUAUGGCCUGUCGCCAAGUGUUUCGAGGCAUCCAUAUCCACGAGGAGGACCAAGGCAGAGCUUUGUCAUCCCUACUGCUGGUCCCAUUGCUUCAAGCCUCGCGACCAUCGAGUCUUACAUGGAGGCGCUCGAGGGCGCAUGUCCUUGGGAGCAAGACCCAUUAGUCUCGCCGAUUCCCUGGCGGAAGGAAAAGUGCUCUGUGCCGCAAGGCAAGAAACUUAGAAUUGGGUUCGUGGUUGAUGAUGGGGUGGUGAGACCACAGCCUCCCAUUGCACGCGCAAUUCGCAAAGUUGUCGCCCUCCUACAGGGUGCAGGGCAUGAGAUCUUGGAAUGGGACACUUCAUCGCACGCUCAGGCCUGGGAUCUGUUUUCCAAGGCCGUCCUUUCGGACGGUGGUGCCACAGCGAAACGAUACUGCAAGCUGUCUGGCGAGCCGCUGAUUGAAGGCAUGAUGGUUGGCACAUCGGCUGAUCUGCUUACCACCGAGGAAAGUCAUCAGCUUUUCGCAGACAAGUAUACUUAUGAGGACGACUACCUUCGUCGCUGGCAUCUACAUGGCCUAGAUGCUCUAAUUAUGCCCGUGACACCUUGGGUAGGUUAUAAACCCAAGACUUGGGUCAAGUCGAACCAGUAUGUCGGUUACACGAGCAUAUUCAAUCUUCUGAACUGGUCUGCUUUGACCUUGCCUGUGUGCAAGGUGUCCAAGUCCUCAGACCUCCCGGUUCCAUCAGACUGGGAAAAUUAUUGCCCAAGAAACGCAUCAGACGAGUUCAACAAGAACCAAUAUGACUUUGACUUGGUGGAAGGUAUGCCGGUUGGGGUGCAAAUUACUUGCGGUAAAUAUGAAGAAGAGAGAUGCAUUGCCAUUGGAAAGGUUAUUGAAGAGCUGCUACAGGGUUCAGAGGAGGAGUAA